AUGGUGCAGUUCAUGGUCCCGGAGCAGCAGCGCGGCGGAAAGUUGGCGCCGAAGGCACGGUGGGGCAUUCACCUUGGUGUUUCGUCAGAGAGCAAGGGCUGGGAGGUGCUCGAUCUCACUGACAACCGCAUUGUCACAACCGUGGAGGCAAUUUUCUACGAGACGAUGUCUCUGGCGGAGUGGAAGGCGGAGCACGGGCCGGUGUCCGAGCGGACGAAGAUUUCUCUGCCGACCGAUCCAUCGCCAGCGGCGAUUUCGUUGCUCGAAUCCGAGGACGAUGGUCCUUCAGAUGAUCCCGCUCCCUCCAUUCCGCCCUCCUCGAACGCUCCUCCACCUCUCCCUACCUCCCUCCCAUCGCUCGCCGCCGGCUUGCCUAAGUCGGCUUCAACGUCGGCCGCCAGCGAUGAGGGGAGCAUUGGUGCGUCACCUUCGGAUCCGCCCAUUGGCAUCGCUGGCGGUCGACGUGAUCUGGUCAGCGAGCAAGACGGCGACGGAGUGAAGUCUCCGCCGACAGGGGAGCCGGCGAACGGGGAGCGCGUUUCAGAGGAGCCGCCGACGUCGAACGGGAAGCGCGUUUCAGAGGAGCCGCCGACAGGGGAGCCGUCGAACGAGGAGCUCGCUUCAGAGGAGCCGCCGACAGGGGAGCCGUCGAACGAGGAGCUCGAUUCAGAGGAGCGGACGACAGGGGAGCAGUUCGAUGAAGGCACCUCGAGCGACGUUGUUGAAGUCAUCGGCGGCGAUGAAGGGGAGCUGUCAGCCGGGGAGCAGUCCAGCGACAGCGACGUGGUGGAAGUCUCUGCCGACAAGCCCGCAGUUCGACGUUCCACCCGCUCUAACUUUGGCAAGCCUCGCGAGAAGCUGAGCUACCAUGCUUGCCUGCCGCCGACCUCCUACAGCACUCUGCUCGAUGAUGCGCAGUUCGACUGA